AAAUUUAUCCUCAAACCACAUAGUUCAGAGAUACAAAAGUAUUCAUUUUUUUAUUUAAAGCAAUGAUAGGGAAUUCCUCUUCUUGGUCUCGGCUGGAAGACAAGGCCUUCGAGCGAGCACUCGUGGUGUUUCCCGAGGAAACUCUCUGCAGAUGGGAAAAGAUCGCCAGCCAAGUUCCGGGAAAGACAUGGUUUGAUGUGAAGAAACGUUAUGAUGAUUUGGUUCAUGAUAUUGGGGAGAUUGACUCUGGUCGAGUCGAGUUGCCGAGUUAUGAGGAUGAGUUGGACUGUGCUGGUGGUUGGGGUUCUUCUACCGAAUCAGGGACUAGUCAGGUGUGGUUUGGGUCUACGGCGAAGGGAAAGGAUACGACGGAGAGAAGGAAAGGAGUUCCUUGGACAGAGGAAGAGCACAGGUUGUUUCUAAUAGGGCUACAGAGAUAUGGGAAAGGAGACUGGAGAAGCAUCUCAAGAAAUGCAGUAGUGUCAAGAACACCAACACAAGUGGCCAGCCAUGCACAGAAGUAUUUUCUUCGACUAAACUCAAUGAAGAAGGAUAAGAAGAGGCCUAGCAUUCAUGACAUUACCACUAAUCCUCCCACCACCACCACCACCAAUGAUUCAAUUUCUACUCAUGACUUUAUUGAUCCAAACCCCUUCUCUCACCCUCCUUCCUAUCAUGGCUUUGGAUUCCCCAUGUAAUUAAUUGUUAUGUAAAAAUACCAAAAAAAAUGUUGUAUAAAAUUCAUUAGUGUGAUAAUGUAAUAUAAAGGAAAUUUUUAUACUAACAAAAUAUUAGAAGUUUAAAUUUAUGUCUGAACUCAA